GGGAGCCUCAGCCCUGGCUUUCCUUUGCUCCAACACGCUUGGGCCCACUGACCUGCUGUGGGACAGGAGGCUGCAUGAGCAAUAUGAUGAGAGAGAAAAGGCAGCAGCGUGGGCAGAGUGGAGCAGACCUGGCAUCCUCGCGGUGAGCCUGGAGCGCUAGGCAGCGGUCUUGAACAGUGGGAACAGGAAUUGGGCAUUCUCCAAAGGCAGAGGACUGGGGAAGGACGUGGUCAGAGCCACUGAGCCUCCUGGGAGCCUGGGUCUGAGCUGGCCCAGGACUUAGGGCCCAAGAGUGGGUGAUGGAUGUGAGAUGGUCAGGGGUGGGGCCAAGCAAACCCUCCCUAGGGCAGCCCCUGCCAGGAGCUUGGAUAACAACUCAGACUCCAGGGUCCCUAGAAGGCAGAGGGGAUGGGGAGCCAGAUGACAGCCGGUCUUGCUGUUCUGGCCCAGCCCUGAGGUGUGCCCAACAGGCAGGUGGGCAACUCAAGGAUCCCCUCCUGUAGACCCUACCUUCUUCUAACAGGCAGGGAAGGGCUUCCCGGAAGGGUCAGACUUGCCAGGAAGCAGAAGAGGAAGAAAACAGAGGUCUCCCAAAGGAAGAUUUAGGGACACUGCACCCUUCCGCCCACAAUGGUCUCCUCUCAGAGUCCACCUGCUCUACCUCCCUCCCCACCUGGGGUCUCCUAUACCUUCAUCUUUCCUUGGCAGUCUUCCUCUGAAAAGUCCCUUGCAUCCUGUGGCUCACAAUGAUCUCCCCUUAGGGUGACGUAUGUAACCAACAUCUACAUCUACAGACUUCCCUAUGGCCUCGGGUGUCCAGCAGGCAGCUAGGAGAUGUCUGGUGGAAAUGAGAAUGAACACAUAACAGGCCUGCGGCCAGAAAAUGAACCAUGGCUUUGGAAGGUGGAGUUCAGGCUGCUGAAGUGGGAGCUGCCUUCAGUGAGCUCGCACCUUUCUGGUUGUAGAAAGUCCAGUUGGGCAGUCAUGGAGUGGGGCAAUAACACCAUUCAGGGCUUGAGCGUGCCCCCCACCACCUGUGUCUACCAAGAGGACUUCAAGCGCCUGCUGCUGCCCCCUGUGUACUCGGCAGUGCUGGUGGCCGGCCUGCCGUUGAACGUCUGCGUCAUUGCCCAAAUCUGCACGUCCCGCCGGGCCCUGACCCGCACAGCCGUGUACACCCUCAACCUGGCCCUGGCCGACCUUCUGUAUGCCUGCUCCCUGCCCCUGCUCAUCUACAACUAUGCCCAACGGGACCACUGGCCCUUCGGGGACCUCACGUGCCGCCUGGUGCGCUUCGUCUUCUAUGCCAACCUGCACGGCAGCAUCCUCUUCCUCACCUGCAUCAGCUUCCAGCGCUACCUGGGUAUCUGCCACCCGCUUGCCCCCUGGCACAAGCGUGGGGGUCGCCGGGCUGCCUGGCUCGUGUGUGGAGCUGUGUGGCUGCUGGUGACAGCACAGUGCCUGCCCACAGCCGUCUUUGCCGCCACUGGCAUCCAGCGGAACCGCACCGUCUGCUAUGACCUGAGCUCGCCGGCCCUAGCCACCCGCUACCUGCCCUAUGGCAUGGCCCUCACGGUCACUGGCUUCCUGCUGCCCUGUGCAGCCCUUCUGGCCUGCUACUGUCGCCUGGCUCGCCGCCUGUGCCGCCAGGAUGGCCCUGCAGGGCCUGUGGCCCAGGAGCGGCGAGGCAAGGCAGCCCGCAUGGCUGUGGUUGUGGCAGCCGUCUUUGCCAUCAGCUUCCUGCCUUUCCAUGUCACCAAGACAGCCUACCUGGCGGUGCGCUCUAUGUCAGGUGUGCCCUGUCCCAUUCUGGAAGCCUUUGCUGCUGCCUACAAAGUCACACGGCCCUUCGCUAGCGCCAACAGUGUGCUGGACCCCAUCCUCUUCUACUUCACCCAGAGGAAGUUCCGCCGGCGGCCACACGAGCUAAUACUGAAACUCACCGCCAAGUGGCAGCGGCAGGGUGGCUGAGUCCACCAGAACAGGACCUGGGGCUGGGAUGCUGUUGUAUUUGCAUUGUGGCCAGUGCAUCCCACCAACCCCAAAGCACGCAUGGAAUUAAAAUUCAGCUCAGCUGGGUACACAGUUGAGGUCCCAAACCUCAUCAAGUAUUUAUUGAGCCCUUUCUCAAGAACAGGGCCUAAGGGCACAGAGACCAGUAGGCCUGGGCCUGGCCCUCCAAAGCUCUCAGUCAGCCAGAAAGAGUAAAGAAAACCAUGAUAAGCUGAGCAUGGCAGAACAAGCCUGUGAUUCCAGUACCCCAGGAGGCUGAGGCAGGAGGAUAGAAAGUUCAAGCCCAGCUUGGACAACUCAGUGACUUAUG